GACCGUAGGAGGGGAGGAGCGGGAGGAGGAGGAGGGGAAGAAAGGGGCCCGCCCCGCCCCUCUUCUCCCCCUCCCGCGGCCGGAGCCCGGGCUGCAGCCGGCGAGCUGGAGCCUGGAGCCCGGAGCCCACGAGCAGCGGCCUCUCCCGCUCGUGCGACCCCUGCGGCCCCGCCGAUCCCGGGGCCCGCGCCCCCCGCGGCAGGGAUGCAUCAUGGCCACACUGGCCUGCCGGGUGCAGUUCUUGGACGACACGGACCCUUUCAACAGCACCAACUUCCCGGAGCCCAGCCGCCCGCCGCUCUUCACCUUCCGCGAGGACCUCGCGCUCGGCACCCAGCUGGCCGGGGUCCACCGGCUGCUGCGGGCGCCGCACAAGCUGGAUGACUGCGCACUACAGCUUUCCCACAACGGUGCCUACCUGGACUUGGAAGCCACCUUGGCAGAGCAGCGGGACGAGUUAGAAGGCUUCCAGGAUGACGCUGGGCGGGGCAAGAAGCACAGCAUCAUCUUGAGGACACAGCUUUCCGUGAGGGUCCAUGCCUGCAUUGAAAAAUUGUACAACUCCAGUGGACGAGAUUUAAGAAGGGCCCUUUUCUCCUUGAAACAGAUAUUUCAGGAUGACAAGGAUUUGGUGCAUGAAUUUGUAGUGGCUGAAGGUCUGACGUGUUUGAUCAAGGUGGGCGCGGAGGCAGAUCAGAACUACCAGAACUACAUUCUCAGGGCUUUGGGCCAGAUCAUGUUAUAUGUGGAUGGGAUGAAUGGAGUAAUAAACCACAGUGAAACCAUCCAAUGGCUGUACACACUCAUUGGGUCAAAGUUCCGACUAGUGGUGAAGACUGCCCUGAAGCUGCUGCUUGUCUUUGUGGAGUAUGCAGACUCCAACGCCCCACUUCUGAUUCAGGCUGUGUCUGCUGUGGACACAAAAAGAGGAGUCAAACCCUGGUCAAAUAUCAUGGAAAUCCUGGAGGAGAAAGAUGGGGUUGACACAGAGUUGCUGGUUUAUGCAAUGACUUUAGUGAACAAGACAUUGUCGGGACUGCCAGACCAAGACAGCUUCUAUGACGUGGUGGACUGCCUGGAGGAGCUGGGCAUCGCUGCUGUGUCCCAGAGGCACUUGAACAAGAAAGGGACUGACCUGGACUUAGUGGAGCAGCUGAACAUUUAUGAGCUGGCUUUGAGGCUGGAGGAUGGUGACGAGACAGCAGAGCCCCCACCCAGUGGGCGUCGGGACAGAAGAAGGGCCAGUGUGUGCUCCAGUGGUGUGGGCGAGCACCAGGGCCUAGACCGCAGGCGGAGCCGUAGGCACUCAGUACAGAACAUCAAGAGUCCCCUGUCUGCUCCCACAAGCCCCUGCUCCCAGUCAGCUCCCAGCUUCAAGACCAGUCAAGUGCGAGAUCUCUGUGAAAAGGAUGAGGAAGAGGAGAAGGAGGAAGAGGAAGAGGAGCUGCCAGUCACGGAACCCAAUUCAGAGGAAGAGGGAGAGGACGAUGCCCCCUGUCAGGGCAAGGCCAGCAGCCAGACCAGCCCUACUUCAGAGCAAAACCCUGAAGGAGAGGAUGCGGGCCCCUCAAAUCCAGCCCCCCAUGUUGUCUCCAGCACCACCUCCCAGGGAAAGCAACUUCCAGCCAGCACUGCUGCGGGGAGCCCUUUGUGCUGUGGGUCUUCUGGGCCUGCCCUGCGGUUACCCCCAAACCCCAUCUGGGCCUCUCGGCCAUCGUCUGCCUCCACCGCUCCUGGCCCCCUGAAGGCAUCGCCAACCAUAGAAAAGCUGCCCUAUGUGCCUCACAGCCCCUUCCACCUCUUCUCCUAUGACUUUGAGGACUCCCCCAUGUCCACCAAGGAGAAGGAAGCCGAGUCCCAGAAGGAAAACAGAUACAGCAACUGUGGCAACAGCUCUUACCCCUCUUCGAGGUCUUCAUCUUCAUCUGUGUCCACUGCCCCCACCUCGUCUGUCUCAGCCCCCCAGGAGGCCAGAACGGAAAAGACACCACCAAGCAACCUUCUGACGUCAUCCUUUAAACAGCAUCAAGAGUCCUUGGCAGCAGAACGAGAGCGGCGGCGGCAGGAGAGAGAAGAACGGCUGCAAAGAAUAGAACGAGAAGAAAGAAACAAAUUCAACCGGGAGUAUUUAGACAAGAGAGAGGAGCAAAGACAAGCAAGAGAAGAAAGAUACAAAUACUUGGAGCAGUUGGCAGCUGAGGCGCAGGAGAAGGAGUUGAGAAGCCGGAGUGCAAGCCGAGGCAGAGCUGACCUCUCCUUGGACCUGACCUCGUCAGCAGUGCCUGCCUCCUCUGCCUCUCUGAGCCGAAGUCCUUCCUCUCCGGAUUCCCAGGAGACGCUUAGGGUGUCAUCUUCCUCCCCAGGAGCGUCUGAGCAUCUCCAAGUGAGUGCUGAGGAUCCUGAGCCUGAAGCAGAGACAGAACAGGAACCAGAGGCAGAGGUGGGGAAGGUUGUCCACGAGGCCAGCCAGGAACUAGCUCUUGCCCACGCGGGAACAGAGAGCGAAGUGGCCCGAGUACCGGAACAAGAGUCAGAAGAGCGAGCCUCCCUCAGUGAGAAAGAGAGGCAGAAUGAGGAGCUGAACGAGAGGGAUAACUGCUCCGCUUCCAGCAUCUCGUCAUCCAGCAGCACGCUAGAGAGAGAGGAGAAAGAAGACAAGCUUUCCAGGGAUAGGGGAACUGGUGUGUGGCUGGCAGGUGCUCAGGAUGCCGGUGUAAAUGAACAGUGUGGGGACAUCCUCACCAACAAGCGCUUCAUGUUGGAUAUGCUGUAUGCCCAUAACAGAAAGCCCACGGAUGACGAGGAGGAGGGAGACGAAGCCAGCAGGCCUGAGCAGGGGGCAGAGGCAGUAGCCAGCCUGGCCAGCAGAAUCUCCACACUGCAGGCCAACUCUCUACCCCAGGAUGAGAGCGUCCGACGGAUAGAUGUGGGCUGUCUGGACAACCGGGGCAGCGUGAAAGCGUUUGCCGAGAAAUUCAACAAUGGGGACCUGGGCCGGGGAUCCCCUGAAGCUGAGCCUGAUGACAAGGUCCCAGAGAAAGCCUCCUCCACACCCCAGAAGACAGAGUCUGAUCACAUCUGGGACCAACUUAUGGCCAAUCCGAGGGAGCUCAGAAUCCAGGACAUGGAUUUCACUGACCUGGGGGAGGAGGAUGACAUAGAUGUCUUGGACGUGGACCUGGGUCACAGGGAGGCCUCCGGGCCACCUCCCCCACCCCCACCCAUCUUUCUGGGCUUGCCACCCCCACCCCCUCCACCCCUGUUGGACAGCGUGCCUCCCCCUCCAGUCCCUGGUAAUUUAUUGGCUCCUCCUCCGGUAUUCAGCUCUCCUCAGGGCGUAGGGUGGCCCCAGGUACCCAGGGGUCACCCUGCAUUCACCAAGAAAAAGAAGACCAUCCGCCUGUUCUGGAAUGAAGUGAGGCCUUUUGAGUGGCCGUGUAAGAACAACCGCCGCUGCCGAGAAUUCCUGUGGUCGAAACUGGAACCUAUUAAGGUGGACACAUCCCGACUGGAGCACCUGUUUGAGUCUAAAUCAAAAGAAUUGUCGGUCUCCAAGAAAACUGCUGCGGAUGGAAAAAGGCAGGAGAUCAUCGUCCUGGAUUCCAAGAGGAGCAAUGCUAUUAAUAUUGGCCUGACAGUCCUGCCUCCCCCAAGAACCAUUAAGAUAGCCAUUUUGAAUUUUGAUGAAUACGCCUUAAACAAAGAAGGGAUUGAGAAAAUUCUGACCAUGAUUCCUACUGAAGAAGAGAAGCAGAAAAUCCAGGAAGCUCAGCUGGCCAACCCUGACAUACCGCUGGGCAGUGCGGAACAGUUCCUCCUCAUGCUGUCUUCCAUCAGUGAGCUCUCGGCUCGACUCCACCUCUGGGCAUUCAAAAUGGAUUAUGAAACCACAGAAAAGGAAGUAGCAGAACCACUUUUGGACCUGAAGGAAGGAAUAGACCAACUGGAGAACAAUAAAACUUUGGGCUUUAUCCUGUCCACUCUCUUAGCCAUUGGCAACUUUCUAAAUGGAACUAACGCCAAAGCAUUUGAACUUAGCUACCUUGAGAAGGUUCCAGAAGUCAAAGACACCGUACACAAGCAGUCACUUCUCCAUCACAUGUGCACCAUGGUGGUGGAAAACUUCCCAGACAGCUCGGAUCUGUACUCAGAGAUUGGGGCCGUCACCAGGUCAGCCAAGGUUGACUUUGAUCAACUUCAGGAUAAUUUAUGUCAGAUGGAGAGAAGAUGCAAAGCUUCAUGGGAUCACCUCAAGGCAAUUGCGAAACAUGAAAUGAAACCUGUUUUGAAACAACGCAUGUCAGAGUUUCUCAAAGACUGUGCAGAGCGAAUCAUAAUUUUAAAGAUUGUCCACCGACGGAUAAUUAACAGGUUCCAUGCCUUUUUGCUUUUUAUGGGGCACCCACCGUAUGCCAUUCGGGAAGUGAACAUCAACAAAUUCUGCAGGGUCAUUAGUGAAUUUGCACUGGAGUACCGGACAACCAGGGAGAGGGUUUUGCAGCAAAAACAGAAACGGGCCAACCACAGAGAAAGAAACAAGACUAGAGGCAAGAUGAUCACUGAUACUGAUGAAGAAGAUGAAGUCGAGACUGGCAAAUUCUCUGGCGGUUCCCCUGUGCCUCCGAGCCAGCCACAGGGCUUGAGCUAUGCUGAAGACGCCGCAGAGCAUGAGAACAUGAAGGCUGUGCUGAAGACCUCGUCCCCGGCUGUGGAGGAUGCCACGCCUGUGCUAGGGGUGCGCACUCGCAGUCGAGCCAGCCGAGGAUCCACUAGCUCAUGGACUAUGGGAGCCGAUGACUCACCUAACAUCACUGAUGAUGCAGCUGAUGAGAUCAUGGACCGCAUCGUCAAGUCAGCCACCCAGGUGCCCAGCCAACGAGUGGUGCCCCGGGAAAGGAAACGCUCCAGAGCCAACCGGAAGUCUUUACGAAGGACCCUCAAGAGUGGCCUGACUCCAGAAGAAGCUAGAGCCCUGGGCCUGGUGGGCACCUCAGAGCUGCAGCUGUGACAGACAUCCACACCUUGAGAAGUGUGCCGGAGGAGAGUGCAAGGUCGUGCUGGAUGGAAUCCCUGCAGUGGGGCCAGGGAGCUUUUUCACAAACUUUGGAAGGUUCCAGAAAGGAGUGCCCACUUCUGGGUGUUGACCUGUGGUGGCACAUGUCCUGCGGUACAUUGACAGAUGACCCUCGGAGGGGUUUCCUUCACUUUCUUUCUUCAUCAUUAUCUGCUGUGCUUCUGGCUUCCUUGACACCCGGUUUAAUAGUUUCAAUGUGCCCCAUCUCUCUGAACAAGAGCAGCUCUUGGAAGGAGCUUCUUCGGAAACUUCUGUCUGGCUGCGAGGCAAUUUGGUUCGAUUCACUGACUGGCUGUCUUUGUAACACCAAAGUACCCAAGUCAAAUACCCAGGUGUAGACUCCAAAAUUGUGCACAGAAGAAAACACAGAUUGUUUCCCAGUUGUGGAUUUUAGAUGUACUAAAUGUUUAUACAAACUCAUAAAUGUACACCAUGUUUCAAAUACUAAAUAAAUAGAGUUUAAUGCCA